CCAAAAUAAGGGCUGUCAUAAGUAAAAAAAUAAAUAAAGCAGUGGGUCAACAACCUGCUUCAGACUCCUGUAUCCCUGGUACUUUCUGAUAGUUUUAUUAGAAAAGGACUUUCAUCUCUCAUUCAGGGACAGAAAUACACAAGAGAAUUAUGGCAGAAAUACUGGAAGUGCUAUCAGUAAAACACUGGAUUGAAACUCCAGUUCGCUUUGGAGAUGAGUUUGCUAAGAAAGAUCUGAAGGAUUGUAAGCUGAGUCAUAAGCUGUUUGCCUUGCCUGGGCCAUCUAAUUCAAAGAAAACCUUGACUGAUGGACAUGUUGCACAGGCAACGCUAAUUACUGAGGGAGCCUGUGAACAUGAAGGAAAGUCCGGCUUCCAGAUUCUUUUAGAUGUUGUGCAGUUCUGCCCUGAAGACAUCAUCCUUCAAACUUUUGAAGGCUGGCUUCUAAUUAAAGCUCAGCAUGGACCCCGGAUGGAUGAGCAUGGAUUUGUCUCCAGGACAUUCACACGGCAAUACAAGCUGCCCCAGGGGGUACAGGCAGAUGAUUUAACUGCUUUCCUCUGCCAUGAUGGGAUUUUAGUGGUAGAGAUGAAGAAAAAUACCUCAAAUGAUUAAAGCAAGCACUAUGUACCUAAACUUCUGAUACAAAAGAGUAAACAUUUGCAGAACUGUAUUAGAGGACUCAUGUGAUGCAGUAAUAACAGUUUUGCUUAUUUUCCUGGCAGCAUUAACAAUAGCACAUGUGACAGCAGAACCAAAAUCUGGGGAAUACUGAAUGAUUUCAGUUUUAUAAGUUUUAAUUAAACCUAUUCCUGAAUGUAUGUACUGUAUACACAACAUGCACACACAGACACAGACACAGACACACACACACACACACACACACACACACACACACACACACACACACACACACACACACACACACACACACACACACACACACAUGUAUACACACCAACUCCCACGUGCUGCAUGCUUUGUGCAUUAACAGAGUAAAAGUUACAAUAUUUAAAAUGUGUUUUAAGUAAUGUAAUACUGAAUAUUUUGUAUCUAUGUGAAGCACUGAAGUUGAGUCAGAUGGUUUUAACAAUGCUACCUAACAUGCAUGCCAUUGUUCCAUAUUCUUUAUAUGCUGUUAUCAACAUUGUUUCUUUUUGUUAUUAUCUCUGUGAUUAGUACAGUGCCUGCUUUAAUAAUUUUAAUGACUGUCAAUAGCCUUUGCAGUUAAAGCCAAGACUGGUAUGUGCAUGUACUUCAGAAUGUGCAAAUAAUCAGUAACAUCCAAUAAGCUGGCAGUACUGUGGGAUAAUGGACUGUCCAGGUGUGUGAUUAUGUUUGGACUCUACAGGGUAAGGGCUUCUCAGUUUCAUGUGCUACAUAAUAGUCUGACAUAAAAGAGAUGUCACAAUGGUGUGUGUGUGUGUGUGUGUGUGUGUGUGUGUGUGUGUGUGUGUGUGUGUGCCAUCUACAUGUGUGCAUAUUUGUAUAUGUAUAUGAGAUCAUUCAUUCACCAAUGCCAAUCACAUAUUUAUCUUAAAAGGCUCAGGUAUGAUUUAAAAUUGUGUAGUUUUAUAUUCUUGGAAACCUAUUUAAGUGAUCCUAUUUUCCAGUUUAAUGUUGAGAAUUAUAACUAUGAGCUGUAAAAAUCCUUCUUUCUCUAGUCCUUGUGAUUCCAAAAAAAAAAACACUUAAUCAAACAGUGCUUCAGGGUUAACAUUGAAAAUUGGCAUGUGAACCUGCUGGAUUUAUUCAAUUAACAAAUAAAUAACAGAAAGUGUUUUUUU